CUCAGGUAGAGUGGAGUCUUCCUUCUCUCAGCAGUCUGAACUCUUUAAUCUGAGGAGAAGCAGGACUGCUGUCAAAGAUGGAGAUGUGCACAGAUUACAGGCAGAGAGACAGUCAGGGUAAAAAAAUUUACCCUGUGACCAAACAAUCACAGCGUAAUCGCAUCGCCCUGCUGAUCAGUAAUCUAAAGUUUAAUGUGGGUUCAAACACACGGGGAGCUGAGAAAGAUGAACAGGUCAUGUACAGUCUGCUUCAGACUAUGGGAUAUGAGGUGGUGAGACGCAGUGACUUGACUGCCCAGACAAUCUGUCCUGCUCUGGAAGAGUUUUCUGAACAUCCUAAACUCACCCUCACAGACAGUGUCUUUGUGGCUGUCCUGUCUUAUGGAAGUGUGGGAACUAAGUGCGCAACUGACACUGAGGAGUUUGAAAUUGACACAAUUUUCCAGAACUUAAACACAACAAAGUGUCCUGCACUGAAGGACAAACCAAAGAUCAUCAUCAUUCAGGACUGCAGAGGCGUGGAGGACAGCAUCAGAUCUCCAUCAGUGAACUUUGCCAAGCAUGCUCGGGUACAGAAGGAAAAGGAUUUUAUCAUUUUUUAUUCCAGCACCCUUCACACAGUUUCACAUGAACAUACAACAUAUGGUUCUAGAGCACCACGGUGA